CAGAAAGAAGAUAAAAAAUGCUUGGGAGAGAACUCCGAGAAGAAAAUCAUAGGCCAAAAAAUUUGAAAAAAAAUGCAUAGUGGAAAAAGGGGAGAAGGUAAAUAAGAAAAAAAAGUGUGCUAUGUGCAAUUCUAUGGAUUUUUGAAUAGGAAAAGGAAGAAUGGAGGUUAAAAUAUAGAUAUUUGGCACGGAGAAGUCUGAAUGAAAGAUUGAAUGACUUGGUGAUUUGAAGUUAGGCAAUGGGACAGGUGGUAUGAAGUUCAUUGUACUAGUGGCAUGAUGAAACCCCAUUGUGGACAUGCAACUAGAGAUGCUGAAGGCUGCUUAUUCUUGGUGUUGGAGUUGGAAGAGCUUUGGAUUUUAUGUUGCUUAGUAUUCAAUGGUGGAUUAUGCUUGCACACCUGAAGAAGUACAGCAGCAUUUCCAAUCAUGUGGGACGGUUAACAGGGUUACCAUCCUGACAGACAAAUUUGGUCAGCCGAAGGGUUUUGCCUAUGUUGAAUUUCUGGAGCUCGAGGCUGUUCAGGAUGCUCUUCAGUUGAAUGAAUCCGAACUGCAUGGUCGCCAAAUCAAAGUUGCUGCUAAACGCACUAAUGUUCCAGGAAUGAAGCAAUUCCAUCCAAGGCGGUUCAAUCCCUACAUGGGAUACCCAUAUAGGAGGCCCUACAUGCCACCAUACUUUGCCUCCCCUUAUGGAUUUGGGAAGGUGCCUAGAUUCAGAAGGCCAAUGCGCUUUAGGCCUUAUUACUAAUCAGUUGCGAGCCUUGUUAGCUAGUAUGUCAUUAGUGCAACCGUUAUGGGAACAUCGCUGAGGUUUGUUGCAGUUUGGAAUUUAAUGGGUGAAAAAGAAAAUCCUACCUAUACACCCGAGACCAAAGACUACAUCAAGAGAUUUCCAUUGUCACUCUCACUUUUUAUAGCUUGAUUGCUGGCUAUAUUUUA